AUGAACAGUGAGGAUCCAUCGUUCCGGACUUUCUCCCCACCACCCGCUAACAGUAACUCUUCAACAGCAAGAGCGGUUCCUGCUGCGCACCAUCACUUGAGAUCAUCGUCUCAGACGAGCUUAAGUACCAUAGUCAAGGCUCAAAUCUCGUUCUUACUGUCCACGCUCACUGCUGACAAUUACGAGCAUAACGUAGCAGAGAUCGACUCGCUCAUUACGCAGCACGGUCGGGAUAUUUACUUCCAUCUAUUACGGAGACUUCUCAUUGACAAUCAGCAAAAGAUCUGCAACGCUGGUGCUCGUUCUUCUGAUUUAAUAGCUAGCUCGCAGGAAUAUCGCCUGUUAAUUGGCAAAGUUAGGCAACUCGCGAGCAAUCCCACGCUUUCCUCUUCAUUCUGUGACGCACUAAAUUCGAUCGAUAACAAAGACGCUUUCAAGGACUUUGAUCUCUCCCGAUUCCUGGAACAAGUUGGAUCAUAUUUUGUUUCAAAAGUUGGAUCGAAUCCUGUUGAAAAAGUUGGAUUAAAUCCUGUUGAAAAAGUUGCUUUAUCAAUAUCGUUGCUUGCUGCUAGUAGGAAAGAUAUCAAAGAGCAAGCCAGUAAUAUCAUUACCAGUGAGAUCGACACACUUGCUCAGUCACUCAAAAAUUCAGCAGUUCAAGGAGAAGUCUCUGAGCCACUUGCUCUCCACUUGGCUCUCUUCUUGAAGUCAUCUCAAGCAGAGAGCCUAAACAUUUCGCCUAAGCAGAUUGACGCUGUUAUUGAAGGGCUUAGGUCAAAGUUUGCUCCAAAUUCCCCUCCAGCCGCUCUUGUACCUCUUCUAUACAACAGUCCACACGUUUCCCACAACGAUCUUACAUCAUCCACAAUGGGAGAUACAAAAGAUCCUGCCGCGAUACCUCUGGCGAAGAUCAUGAUGGAUCAUGGAUGCAGUUGUUGUAGUUCUCCUACUGCAGUUCGCAACUUGUUGAACCAGAUUGGAAUCACCUCACCUGAUUCAGGCGAGAUCAUAAGGGAAGAUGAUGUUGCUCAAGUAUUUGGAAUGAUGGCUAGGACGCACGCCAAUCUCGAUCAGAAUGGUAGUAAUUGGACGCCAAGUACAGAAUCUACGGAUCCGCAACAGUCUUGGGAAAUCGAGAACUUUGUUACCACUCUCGUUGAACUGCAACCGCAUUUGGAUUGGGUAAAGGUUAUCAAAGAGCUUGAUCAUCCAGAAUUUAUUAUAUACGAUAUGAAAGGAAUCGAAAUAUUGAUGAAUGGCUUUAAAGCAGCUACAAGCGAUCAACAAAAGUUCCCAAUUGAAGCCUUUUGGGGUCGAUGGAAAAAUAUCAAGGGACAAUUUAGCUUUUUAAGCUGUCUUGCCACGGAUCCUUCUGGAAAAUUCGAUCCGAAUGCGUACCCCGUGAAACGAGUAGUAACAAUGGAUGACUUUGCAAAUGCCAGUCAAAAUGUCAAGUCAUUUGCUGGAAUACUUGUUGUUCAUCCGUGCAAUUGUGUUGAGCUACUGGAGACUUUGAUUAAAAUGGCUGAUACUGAAUUAGUCGAUGAUGUUCGUGCUUCAUUUGAGCGUGUAGCCAAAUCAACACCAGAAGUGGUUUUCUUGGGUCUUGCUCAGAUACAGAAACCAUGGAACUCUUUACAUCAAGAAUUGGUCAAUCGACAGCUCAUGAUGUUUUUGUCGGGUCAUUCGAGUGGUAUAUUCGUUUUGAGCCUUUUAUGGCAACUCAAUAGCGAGCUGUUUUCGGAAGGUUGCAUAGAAUUAUAUAACAAAGAUCCUGCCAAUAUUUCAAGGAUUUUAGACUUGGCACAGGAACUAAAGGUUCUUAACCCUUUACUCGAAAAGCGGCCUUUUGCUUUUGCAAUUGACUUGGCAGCACUUGCAUCUAGACGACAGUAUCUUAACUUAGAGAAAUGGCUUACGGACAAUAUUGCUAACCACGGGACCACUUUUGUAUAUGAGUGCCUAGACCUGCUCAAUCAUGAGAUUGUCACAAGAGCUGUCAGUGAUGCAUCAACCAACAAUCAAUCUCCUCGCCUGACUUAUGAUGUAGUCGUAAUAUUCUUGCGUGUGCUUCAGGGCAGUCAAUUAUCUGCAGAUAAAGCUGAAAUGUUGAGAGAAAUUCAUGAUGUAGCUGUGCGGUUGUAUCCACGCCUUCUCAGUCUUGGUUCUUCAGCAGAUGCUGUUGCUACUAACGGUGAAGCAACAUUCUCCGAAGAUGUCGAGGCUCAAGCUAAUUCUUACUAUGAAGCUGUGUACAAGGGGGAACUCGGUCUGAAAGAUUUUAUAAACUUACUCAUAAACUUUAAGAACUCACAAGAUCCCCAUGAGAAAGACGUGUUCGAUUGUAUGGUACACAAUCUCUUUGACGAAUACCGUUUUUUCCCAAAAUACCCUCCAAGAGAAUUGGCCAUUACAAGUGUUAUCUUCGGCUCGCUGAUACAAUACCAACUUGUCGGUUAUAUGACACUUGGUGUCGCUCUCCGAUACGUUCUUACUGCAUUGCGUAGUCCAUCAGAUCAGAAAAUGCUAAAUUUUGGUAUUCAGGCGCUCUUGCAAUUUCAGACGCGUCUUCCGGAAUGGCCACAAUAUUGCACACAUCUUUUGCAGAUUCCACAACUUCAUCAGAGUCAUCCAGAGAUUAUGCAAUAUGUUGGAUCUGCUCUUGCUGAGAAUAACAGUGGCAGCGGUGAGUCUAUGAUUGUGGCGGCUGCUGUUGCUCAUCCUCCUACCUCCCCCGCUGUUACUGCUACCCCUUCAGCGGAAAGUACCUCCAGUCGGGUUGCAAUAGAGGCUUCCAAUAGAUCUGUAGAAUCUAGACCAGUGUUUACCGCUUUGAAUUUGGACACGCUUUUAGCUGCCGAACAAGUUGACUAUGAAAUUCCCAGCGAGGAGGUUCAGGACAAAAUAUUAUUUAUUAUUAAUAAUGUUGCACAAAGUAAUCUUGAAUCCAAAGUGUCUGAAAUGAAACAAAUACUGAAAGGACAGCAUUACCGAUGGUUUGCUAAUUAUCUCGUGGUGAAACGUGCGAGCAUAGAGCCGAAUUAUCAUCAGCUUUAUUUGCAGUUUUUGGAUCAGCUUGAUAGUCAACUACUCAUAAAGCAUGUAUUACACGAAACUUUUGCCAAUGUUAACGUUCUGUUAAACUCAAACAAGACUGUACAAUCUGCGUCUGAGCGGACUUUGUUGAAGAAUCUUGGAUCCUGGCUUGGGGGUAUGACACUUGCGAGGAACAAGCCUAUUAAGCAUAAAAACAUCGCUUUUAAGGAUUUAUUAGUUGAAGGUUAUGAUAGCAAUAGGCUCAUAGUUGCCAUACCAUUUGUCUGCAAGGUGCUUGAGCAGGCCAGCAAGAGUAAAGUCUUUAAACCACCAAAUCCUUGGUUGAUGGCCAUUUUAAGGCUUUUGGUAGAGCUAUAUCAAUUUGCAGAUUUGAAACUUAAUCUUAAGUUCGAAAUCGAAGUACUAUGUAAAAGCCUUAUCAUCGAGCUCAAAGACAUAGAGCCCACCAACAUUCUCAAAGAUAAAAAACCACCAAAAGAUCCUGCUAAUCAACAAACUGACCGUCUCGCGCAAGAUAUGGAAAGAAUGAACAUUAGUACUCCGACUUUUGUCUCGCCUGGAGCCAAAAUAGCUAGUCAGACUACUCAUAUUCAACCCGCACUGGGAUCGCUGGCUGAUGAGGGUUAUGUUAAUCUCACGCAGAGCAUUGCGCAACAUGUUGUAAUAAACUCUAACCUAUCGAUAAUUGCUAAUCAGAUUCCGUUGCGAAAGAUUGUACAGUUGGCUAUCGAGCGGGCAAUUUGCGAAACCGUCACAUCCAUUAUUGACCGGGCCGUUAUGAUUGCUGGUAUUUCUACUAGGGAAUUGAUUGUAAAGGAUUUCUCCAUGGAACCGAAUGAAGAAAAAAUGCGAAGCGCUGCUCAUUCUAUGGUGCAAACCCUAGCUGGUAGUUUGGCCCUUGUCACUUGUAAGGAUAGUCUUCGGCAGCAUAUGAUAGCGCAUCUGCGAAGUUUGCUUCAACAGUAUAGUUACUCUGAGGCGACUAUUAGCGAACAAGCAAUAUUAGUAAUUGUUACAGAAAAUUUGGAAUUAGCAAGUUCCAUCGUCAAAAAAAUUGCGCGCGAAAAAGCUGUCCCAGAGAUUGAUGAAGCCCUUGCAUCAUCAUUUAGUAAUCGCAAGAAACACCGUGAAAGAACUGGCCAGCCUUUUUAUGACAUGGCAGUCUACUCUGCAGUGUCCAGAUACGUAUCCAAUUUACCGGAGCCGCUACGCACUAAACCAAAUGGAUUGACCGAACAGCAAUUACAAAUAUAUCAAGACUUUGGUAGAAUCGGUAAUUUGGCGCGGCCAUCACUUCAACCAUAUGACGAUAGACCUCCACGCACUGCAAUGCAUAGACAAGAACUCGCCAUGGGGCAUCUUUAUGGCGCAAAUGAGCUAUCAUUCGAACCAGCUCACCCGCAAGUAGCUGCAAUAUCCGCUCAUCAAAGCCUUGAGAAGUUUGCUCAAUAUAUUGCCGAACUCGAAAAUCUAAUUGCCAAGAACCCCCAAGCAUCACUGGCAUCACUACAACAAAAUCAUGAAAUCCGUUUAAUAGUUAACCAGAUUCUAUUAUUAGCCUCACAAUCGUUUAAUCGUGACGAAACGGCACUUGCAUUCUCUCAGAAGGUGGUUCAAUUGUUAUACAAGAACGAGUCCAAUCUCUCAAGAGAAGUCUAUGUCGUGUUAUUAGAGAGAUUAUGUGAAAUUUCAAUCAAAGUGAGCGGAGAAGUUACAGCAUGGCUCAUCUAUGCCGAAGACGAGCGCAAGUUUAUUGUACCAGUAGUUGUCGCGUUGAUCAAAGCUCGGUUGAUUAACACGAAUGAACAAGACAUACAGCUGGCAAGACUUAUCGAAGCUGGACGAACUAUAGUUAUCGAUUUCACUGCGAAAUUGAUCCGUGAAUGCGUUUUGAAAGAGCCACAGAUUGCUACGCGCGCCGAUUUCCCCAACUCGUUAGAUGCUCUUGACCGACUUGCGAGACGCGGGAAAGCGCCCGAAAGUGUAAUAAAACUCCUGGAUGAUUUACGCCGCCCAGCUCGCGCUCCACCUAUUAAGGAGGUUGAAAAUUUGGGGGGCCUACGCGAACAACUCUCCUACUAUUUUACCGAAUGGGUUCGUCUCUACCAACACCCGGCAUCAAAUGAGAAAGUUUUUAGUUCGUUCAUCAUGCAAGUACAACAACAAGGCAUACUGAAAGGCGACGAAGUCUCAUCGAUGUUCUUCCGUAUUUGUACUGAAAUGAGCGUUGACAAUUGUCUCAAGCAGAAAAUAACUAAUCAAUCGUCAACAGUCACAGUAUACCAAGCAAUCGAUGCCUUUUCUAAGCUCAUUGUUUUAUUAGUCAAGUAUCAUUCUGAUCCUGAGGGUAUGAAUGAUAAUCUGGCUAAGAGUGCCUACUUCAACAAGAUCGUAUCUCUGAUUGUACUUGUGCUUGCGCAAGCGCAUGAGCAAAGGCGGCAACAGUUUAAUCAAAAGCCAUUCUUUAGAUUGUUUUCGAGUCUUCUUAGUGACCUGAAUGCGUACGAGCAACAACUACAACCUAUUUAUUUCCAAUUAUUGACAAUACUAAGCUCUACAUUCACUACGCUCCAGCCAAGCUUCUUCCCUGGAUUCACUUUUGCAUGGUUGUCAUUGAUAUCACAUCGUCUUUUCAUGCCUAAGCUACUUCUUGCUUCUGAAAACCAAAAGGGCUGGUCAGCAUUCCAUCGACUCCUUAUAAGCUUGUUUAGAUUCCUCAUCCCAUUCCUUCGCAACGUCGAGAUGUUUCGUGAAACCACACGCCUUCUUUACAAAGGCACCCUCCGUGUAUUACUUGUACUUCUUCAUGACUUUCCUGAAUUCCUUUGCGAUUACCAUUUCAGCUUUUGUGAUGUUAUCCCACCAUCGUGCAUUCAACUCCGUAAUCUAAUACUCAGUGCGUUUCCUCGCAAUAUGCGUCUUCCUGAUCCAUUUACUCGUAACCUCAAAGUCGAUCUUCUUCCCGAGAUUUCUCAACCUCCGCGAGUGUUAUCUGAUUAUACUUCAGCUUUGACGGCUGGGAAUUUGAAGCAAGAUAUUGAUAAUUGGUUAAAGACAAAACAACCAGCGUCAUUUUUGAGUGAACUGAAGAAUAGAUUGUUGGCUGAUCCGGGAACACAAGUGGACAUGAGGUCGAAAUAUAACGUGCCGGUGAUCAAUGCAUUGGUGCUAUAUGUGGGCAUACAGGCGAUCAAUCAUUUUCAGAGUAGGCAAGGCCAUACUCCUCUUACUCACACUGCGCAUAUGGAGCUAUUCCAGCAACUGUUAAAUACUCUUGAUUCAGAAGGUCGAUAUUUGUUCUUAAGUGCGAUUGCCAAUCAGCUGCGAUAUCCAAAUAGUCAUACUCACUACUUUAGCCGAACUCUUUUAUACCUGUUUGCCGACGGUGGGCAAGAGGUGAUCAAGGAACAAGUGACAAGGGUUUUAUUGGAAAGACUGAUAGUGAAUCGCCCUCAUCCAUGGGGACUUUUGAUCACAUUCAUAGAACUAGUUAAGAACCCCGAGUAUGAUUUCCGAAGCCACUCAUUCACUAGAUGUGCGUCUGAUAUAGAGAGACUCUUUGAUAAUGUUAAUCGAUCAAUCAACCAAGUUUAA